AUGGCACCCAUUUAUGCAGAAUCUUGGCUCCAGGUAUUCAAUAAUGUUUUGGAAAAUGCCUUUGGCGGUAGAGUAGCUCUCCAAGGCGACGUUUCCGACAUAAGAAAACAGUUUGCUGAGCUUGCUGCUGCUACUUCUCUGGGCUACAAACCUUUUGCAGAUGAUCUGAGUGUGUUAGACGGUGUCAGUGAUGGUGUUCCGCAUCGAAUCUACGUACCAAAGCAUGAAUGCAGGCCUUUCCCGGUUGGAGUAUACAUGCACGGCGGUGGCUAUAUUCUGGGCGAUCUAGAAGCCGAGGAUAUGAUCUGUCGUACACUUUGCAAGGAGGCCAGCAGCAUCAUAAUAAGUGUGGACUAUCGCUUGGCACCCGAGCAUAAACACCCAGCGCAGCUCAAAGAUGCUUUGGCAGUUAUUGAAUGGGUAUAUGAGAAUAUGGAGACUUAUGGAGGUGAUAAAACUCGAAUUUAUACCAUCGGAACCUCGGCCGGUGCGGCUUUGGCUUUGCUCGCUGCCCGAGAUAUAGUGUCCGGGCUAUCCUCUGUGCCCUCGGACAGUUUAUGCGGCGUGGUCGCAAUAAGUCCACUCACAACUCAUCAUGACAACAUUCCUAUGAGAUACCAGAAAUUGCACAAUUCAUACGACGAGUUUGGAGAAGGUGCGCCGGUUUUGACGCGAUCUGUCCUGGCUCAGUUCCUACAAUGGGCAGGAGCUGCCCCGGACGACGCAAGCUCCUUCAUUCUGCUUGACGAUCAGGUCUUCUCGAAAUUUCCUGCUGUGUAUAUUUCGACUGCAGAAUGUGAUCCUUUGCGAGAUGAUGGAAAAGUCCUGGCAGAUGCUUUUAGAGAAGCCGGUAUUGAUGUUAGUGUGGACGAAUACCCAGGCAUGCCUCACUGCUUCUGGUUUUUCCACGCCCUUCCUGAGUGGACAGUGUUCAUAAAGAACACAGUUGCUGCCAUUUCGUGGGUUCAAGACAAGAAGAGUAAUUAG